AUGGGUAAGAAAGUCGCUGGUGUCUUAGGAGCUACUGGUUCCGUUGGGCAAAGAUUUAUCUUGUUGUUAGCUGACCAUCCAGAUUUUGAAUUGAAGGUUUUGGGUGCUUCUUCCAGAUCUGCAGGUAAGAAGUAUGUCGAUGCUGUGAACUGGAAACAAACCGAUUUGUUACCAGAAUUUGCUAAGUCCAUCAUUGUUUCUGAAUGUACCGCUGAUGCCUUCAAGGACUGUGAUGUUGUGUUCUCUGGUUUGGAUGCUGACUAUGCUGGUCCAAUUGAGAAGGAAUUCAAGGAACAUGGGUUAGCUGUUAUUUCUAAUGCUAAGAACUACAGAAGAGAAGAAGAUGUGCCAUUAAUCGUUCCAAUCACCAACCCAGAACAUUUGGAUUUGGUUAACGCGAACUUGGUAAAGGCCAAGCAAGAAGGUAAGCCAAGACCUGGUUUUAUUAUUUGUAUCUCAAACUGUUCUACUGCUGGUUUAGUGGCCCCAUUGAAACCAUUAGUUGAAAAAUUCGGUCCUAUUUCUCUAUUGACCACUACCACUUUACAAGCCAUUUCCGGGGCUGGUUUCUCUCCAGGUGUCCCAAGUAUCGAUAUCUUAGAUAACAUCAUCCCUUACAUUGGCGGCGAAGAAGACAAGAUCGAAUGGGAGACCAAGAAGAUCUUGGGUGCUUUGAGUCAAGAUAAAUCUCAAAUUAACCUAUUGAGCGAUGACGAAAUCAAGGUUUCUGCUCAAUGUAACCGUGUUGCUGUCUCUGACGGUCACACUGAAUGUAUCUCUUUGAAGUUCAAGAACCAGCCAGCUCCAUCUGUCGAAGAAGUAAAACAAUGUCUAAGAGACUAUGUCUGUGAUGCUGCUAAGUUGGGAUGCCAUUCUGCGCCAAAACAAACCAUCCAUGUCUUGGAACAAAAUGAUAGACCACAACCAAGAUUGGACAGAACAAGAGACAAUGGUUACGGUGUAUCUGUUGGUAGAGUCAGAGAAGAUCCUGUAUUGGACUUCAAAAUGGUUGUAUUGUCCCACAACACCGUUAUCGGUGCUGCAGGUGCAGGUAUCUUGAUUGCCGAAAUUCUAUUAGCCAAGAACAUCAUCUAA